CUUUCCCCCGGGUUCUGAAGAGCGUAGAGGAAGAUGGAGACCGAGUCCGGGGCGCAAACAUCAAAUCAGACGCAAACAGAUUCGUUAUCUCCAUCCCCUAAUCCUGUGUCACCUGUGCCUUUGAAUAACCCAACAAGUGCCCCAAGAUAUGGAACAGUGAUCCCUAAUCGCAUCUUUGUAGGAGGAAUUGACUUUAAGACAAAUGAAAAUGAUUUGAGAAAAUUUUUUUCCCAGUAUGGGUCUGUAAAAGAAGUGAAGAUUGUAAAUGACAGAGCUGGAGUGUCCAAAGGGUAUGGUUUCGUCACUUUUGAAACACAAGAAGAUGCACAAAAAAUUUUACAAGAGGCUGAAAAACUUAAUUAUAAAGAUAAGAAACUGAACAUUGGUCCAGCAAUAAGAAAACAACAAGUAGGAAUUCCUCGUUCCAGUAUAAUGCCAGCAGCUGGAACAAUGUAUCUAACAACUUCAACUGGAUAUCCUUAUACUUAUCAUAAUGGUGUUGCUUAUUUUCAUACUCCAGAGGUAACUUCUGUCCCACCACCUUGGCCUUCACGUUCUAUCUCUAGUUCCCCUGUGAUGGUAGCUCAGCCAGUUUAUCAGCAACCUGCAUAUCACUACCAGGCCCCUGCACAGUGUCUACCAGGACAGUGGCAGUGGGGCGUUCCUCAGUCUCCUGCAUCUUCUGCUCCAUUCUUAUACCUGCAACCUUCUGAGGUUAUCUAUCAACCAGUGGAAAUCGCACAAGAUGGUGCAUGUGUACCUCCUCCACUGUCUCUGAUGGAAGCUUCAGUUCCAGAGCCUUAUUCUGAUCAUGGAGUUCAAGCAACAUAUCACCAGGUCUAUGCUCCAAGUGCCAUUGCUAUGCCUACACCUGUGAUGCAGCCCGAACCAAUUAAAACAGUGUGGAGCAUUCAUUAUUAAGACAACUGGGCAGCUCUAGUCCAUCUCAACUGAUUUCUUGUCCAAUGAUCCUUGUGUGGCCGAGAUCCAGCUUCAAUGAACCGGCUAGAAGCUGCCCGUUGUGACACUUAGGGUUAGUUAAUACCUCGCCAUACUUAUUUAUUCCAUUAUAAGCUGUCUAAAUUCGAUGAAAUUUACUUUUUCAGCUGUUCUACAAAACUAUUUAGGUAGUUGUGGCAUGUUGGUUUGUUUAUGUGUUAAUCUAACUGUAGUGACAUUUUCUACAUGUUUUAUCCAUUCCAUAAAUAAUAACCACAUUGGGAA